UCUUCCCUUUCACCUUUUACGCUCGCCCACUCUGCAAAGCAAACUCUGAUGGAAAUUCAGCCAUGAAUGAAGACAAGGAAGCUUUUCUCAAAGACAAUGGCGGAUCCUACGGCUACCCAAACGCUCCCAAAACCAUCGACGAAAUCCGAGCCACCGAAUUCAAACGCAUAGAUGGUCUUGUGUAUUUGGAUCACGCUGGAGCGACUUUGUAUUCUGAAUUGCAGAUGGAAGCAAUCUUUAAGGAUUUAGCGAGCAAUGUCUAUGGGAAUCCUCAUAGCCAAAGUGAUUCCAGCUCUGCCACUUGUGAUAUAAUAAGGGAAGCCCGCCAACAGGUUCUUGACUAUUUCAAAGCUUCCCCAAAAGACUACAAAUGCAUAUUCACUUCUGGGGCAACUGCGGCAUUGAAGUUGGUAGGUGAGGCUUUUCCAUGGAGUAGUGAAAGUUGUUUUACAUACACAAUAGAGAAUCACAACAGUGUUCUUGGAAUAAGAGAAUACGCUCUCAGUCAAGGAGCUGCAGCUCUUGCAAUCGAUAUUGAAGAGUCUGUGCAUGUAUCCAAUGGCACAGUCGCGUCUAUGAGAGUUUCACAGCAUCAGGUACAGAGGAGAAAUGAUGCCAAACCCCUUCAGCAUGAGCCAAAAGGUGAUGCAUAUAACUUGUUUGCCUUCCCAUCAGAGUGCAAUUUCUCUGGCUUGAGAUUCAAUCUUGAUUUGGUGAAGAUGAUAAAGGAAGAUUCUGCAAGAAUUUUGGAAGGCUCUCCAUUUUGCAAUGGGCACUGGAUGGUCUUGAUUGAUGCUGCGAAGGGAUCAGCAACGGAGCCACCAGAUUUAUCCCUGUAUCCAGCAGAUUUUGUUGUCAUAUCUUUCUAUAAGCUAUUUGGCUAUCCAACUGGACUCGGAGCUCUCAUUGUCCGAAAUGAUGCUGCCAAUAUAUUGAAGAAGACUUACUUUAGUGGAGGCACAGUUGCUGCAUCAAUCGCUGAUAUUGAUUUUGUUAAAAGAAGAAAAGGUGUUGAAGAGCUGUUUGAGGAUGGGACCAUUUCAUUUCUAAGCAUUGCAUCUAUUUCUCAUGGGUUUAAAGUUCUCAAUUCUUUAACUGCAUCUGCAAUAACUCAGCAUACAAGAUCACUUGCAGUGUAUGUGAGAAAGGUGCUUUUGUCCUUACGGCAUGAAAAUGGAGCUAGUGUUUGCACACUUUAUGGAGCUGAAGCUUCCAAGGUAUUAUGUCAUGACUUUGGUCCUAUUGUCUCAUUCAACUUGAAAAGGCCAGAUGGUUCUUGGUAUGGAUAUCGCGAAGUGGAAAAACUGGCAUCUUUGUCAGGAAUUCAGUUACGGACAGGAUGUUUUUGCAACCCUGGUGCAUGUGCAAAAUAUCUUGGAUUGUCUCACAUGGAUCUUCUUUCAAAUGUUGAGGCUGGCCACGUUUGCUGGGAUGAUAAUGAUGUCAUUAACGGGAAACCAACUGGAGCUGUGAGAGUAUCCUUUGGUUACAUGUCGAUAUAUGAAGAUGCCAAGAAAUUUGUCGAUUUCAUAACAAGGUCCUUUGUAGCAUUACUAGAUCAAACUCCAACCUUUUAUAAGUUCAAGCAAGGUGAUCACGCCAUACCUUCAACUGUGCCAGUAAACCUGAAAUGCAUUGUUGUCUACCCGAUAAAAUCAUGUGCAGGAUUCAGCGCACAAAGUUGGCCUCUAAGCAGAACAGGUCUACAGUAUGACCGUGAGUGGGUACUCACAAGCCUAACUGGAGAACUUCUUACGCAGAAGAAGGUCCCCGAAAUGUGCUUUAUAAGUACUUGUGUCGACCUCAAGCUAGGAAUAUUGUUUGUCGAAUCACCACGCUGUAAUGUGAGACUAUCAAUAAAUCUCAUCUCAGAUUGUCAGAUAGAAGAAAUUAAUAUACAUGGCCGGAGAUAUGAAGUCCAGGGUUAUGACGAUGAAAUCAACACUUGGUUUAGCAGUGCCAUUGGGCGACCAUGCACUUUGUCACGCUGUUUCAGUUCCAAUCACAGCCUUUGCCUGAAUAAGAACAAUAGUACGGGCGUGUGCAGAGAUGUGCGGGGUGUAUUAAAUUUUGCUAAUGAAGCUCAGUUCUUAUUAAUAUCUGAAGAAAGCGUAGCUGACCUCAACAACAGAAUAAACAUAAAAGAUGUGCAAAAGGCUUCACAAGGAGCAGUUGCUCAAGUUAAUCCAAUGAGAUUUCGGCCUAACCUUGUCAUAGCUGGAGGUGAACCAUAUGCUGAAGAUGAGUGGAGAAAUCUUAGAAUCGGGCGUAAAUAUUUUACUUCUUUAGGUGGAUGCAACCGUUGCCAGAUGAUCAACAUUGUUCAUACAGGAGGACACGUGCAAAAGUCAAAUGAGCCUUUGGCUACUCUAGCAUCAUAUAGGAGGCUAAAGGGGAAAAUUUUGUUUGGGAUACUUCUGAAAUAUGAUAGGAGCGAUGAAGGACAAGACAAUGAUAUGUGGCUUCAAGUUGGAGAGGAAGUACAUCCAAAUUGUAUUUAGCUUCAAGACUACCAUAUGAGCAGCCUUUCUGCAUAGUCUGUUGAUGGAAGAGAUAUUCCAAGGCUUUAUAAAUCAGUUAGGACUUAAGAUAAACAAUAGAGUCCUCGCAAAUCUCCGGGAACAACCUUUAUAGUUGUCGAGAAAUCGGGUCACAAAAUCGGCGGAGGAAACAUACAGUUACUGGUCCUCUACAAUACAGAGCAACUAAGUCCAUUGUAUACUCCUUCAAGGUUGCCACUUCCAAAAGAAUGGGAUGACAUGACACAAUGCACCACGCCCGGUGCAAGAAAAUAUGCACACUUACAGAAACUGUUUAUAUUUAUGUAAUGAUAAAAUAUGUAUACACAUAUAUCGUUAACCAUUUUGAAAAGCAAAGGAUGAAACAGUUUGACGCACAAUCUAGUAUCAAAUUUUACAUGUAAUCUUUUUUUUUUUUUAAGGUUUGAUUUUCCACAUUGGCUGGUAAACUUUGUUAUA